CACAAGCAAGCACCAAAAGGCGAAGCAGCAGUAAAUCGAGCCCCAGUAAAAGCAAAUUCUAGCAAAAGAGCAAAGCAAAUCACCAAAAAAGUAAAAUAUCAGAAAGGCAAAGCAGCAGCAAGCGAUGCAUCAAAAAGCAAAGUCCCAGCAAAAGAGCAAAUACUAGAAACCAGUACUAGUAAAAGCGAAGUUCUAGCAAAGCACCAUUUAAUAUCACCAGCGAAAACGAUGACACAAGAGAAUUGA